CAGUUUGGUAUUGUGGUUAACAACAAAGAACGCCAAACUGUACAAAAAUCUGUGCACACCCCAUUUUUCAAUUUUCAUUCACAAAAAACCGAAGGCUAGAAGAGUCAUGGACACUGCGAUUUGUGGGAGACUGGCUCUCUCCCCCAACCAUGUCUUCAAUCCUAAACCAGGGGACAAACAUUCUCUCUGUAAAGGAACAUGCCCCAGUCUUGGAAUUCCCAUGGCCAUAUCAGCAACAGGAUCAGGUAAAGGGGGCGGCGUAUUAGAGAGGCCAGUUAUAGAGAAAAUUACUCCUGGUCGUGAAUCAGAGUUUUAUGUGAGAAAAUCAAGGAAAAUGGCCCCACCAUACCGUGUGAUUCUGCACAACGACAACUUCAAUAAACGGGAAUACGUUGUGCAAGUACUGAUGAAGGUUAUCCCUGGGAUGACUCUUGACAUUGCUGUGAACAUUAUGCAAGUAGCGCAUCACAAUGGCUUGUCAGUGGUGAUCAUAUGCGCUCAGGCUGAUGCUGAAGAACACUGCAUGCAGCUUCGAGGCAACGGGCUUCUCAGCUCAAUUGAACCUGCUAGUGGUGGUGGCUGCUGAUUACUGCCCUCCAUUACUCAAAGCCUUAUAGAUCAAUUAUCUUUGAAGUUUCAGAUGUUGAAGAUAAGAAUCGUAUAUAUACGUAUUGAAUGUUUGUUAUCCUAUGGUCAAAAUAGGACAAGGGAUGGUUGAUAUUUCAAUAAAAGUGGUUUAUUUCUGUA